UCAUCAUCUGGCCUGAAAUGUUCUGCGUGUUGACUGCGUAGCCGGUGUAAGAUAUUCGAUCGAGUCUCAUAAUUCCGGCUCAUUAUGGCAAUCACUCUCUACAACCUGUUCGAAGCGGCACUCCUAUGCGUGAACGCGAUUGCAGUACUUCACGAGAAAAGGUUCCUGGAAAAAAUAAACUGGGGCCGGGAACAGGUAUCGCAGGGAUUCGAACCCGGUGCCAAGUCGCAGAUCAUCAACCUGAUCCAUUCCGUGAGGACCGUCAUGAGAAUUCCCCUGAUCUUCAUCAACAUCCUCGUCAUCAUAUUCAAGUUACUACUGGGUUGAGGACGACUGCGAGGAGAACGAGAGACGUUUCCUACUUUUGGUGCCCGAUGGCCGUGUCAAGCAUCCUGUGCAUAUAUUAAAUCUCUGUUGUUUUGUACGGAA